AUGCCACGUUCACAAGAUGAAAAGAACACUGAAAUGUUAAGAAAAAUGUCACAACUCCCUGGAAAUAAAAGGUGCAUGGACUGCCAAGCAAUUGGCCCUGUCUAUGUGGUUACUGAUUUUGGUACUUUUGUAUGUCAAACAUGUAGUGGUAUUCAUAGAGAAUUUGGUCAUAGAGUCAAAUCUAUUUCUAUGGCAACUUUUAAACCAGAAGAGAUUACCAAAGUUAAAACAAUUGGCAACGAAAAUGCUAGAAGAAUUUGGCUUGGUAGAUGGACUACAGCUGAUUACCCAUUACCUGAAAGUGGCAAUGAAAGAAGAAUUAGAGAGUUUAUGAAAUUAAAAUACCAAGACAAAAAGUGGUUUGAUCAAGCUGCUUAUGACCAAAUCAUGAAUGGACAAACUCCUCCUCCUGUCACUCAUCAUCCAGUUGUUCAAGACAAUAUCCAUACUAGCACUCAACCAACUCAACAAGUCCAACAACAACCACAACAAAUCCAAAACACUCAUACGGGCUUUUGGAAAGAUAACGAUAAUGUUGGACCAAUUAAACCAGUUCAACAACAACAGAACCAAAGUACCUUAAAUAUUCAAAAUGAACAACCUAAAAAGAAAGUUGAUUUUAUGGCUCUCUUUGAUCAAGCUAUGCAACAACCUGCCCCUUCUCAACAACCUCAAGUCCAACAACAAACACCAAUUGACCUAUUUGCUCAACAACCAAAUCCUUCUCAACAAUAUCCUGCUUUUAAUAUGCAACAACAAUACCCUAUAUUUACUCAACAACCAACACAACCUAUGGGCUAUCAACAACCAAUGAUGCAACCAACACAACCUAUGACUUACCAGCAACCAAUGAUGCAACAACAAUAUUCUAUGUUUGCCCAACAACCAACACAACCAAUGGGUUAUCAGCAAUCAACACCCUCUACUCUUAUGCAACAACCAGCAACUACCACUCCUGUUCAACAACCCAAACCACAACCAAAACCAGAUGUCUUUGCUUCACUUGGAUCUUAUCAUCCAAAGGCAAAAACAACACAACCUGAACCCCAAGCAGUCCCUGCACCAUCUGGAAGUGAUGUCUUUGAUUUUAUCUAA